AUGUUCGCGCAUACCCUCCCCCACAUCUCCUCUGACAUUCCGGGCUCUAUGCACUCUAUCCCUCCCUUAGGAAAGACGCUCGUCAGGAAGGCCGCCACUGGCUUCACCUGCGCGUACGACAAUACCGAGCACAUGAACUCCAGUACGAUCGGCCUGUUUUCGAUGCACUCGUCCUCUCGCACCUCCACCGGAUCGGUGCCGCGCCAGCGGGAUGAGCGUGCGCAAGGUCACUCGCGGGGUAUACGGGGCAAGCGCAUCGAGCGUGCUCCACGGCGCAUCCGGCAAUAUCUCCAGCUCCUCCAGCUCCGGCCACGCCUUGCACAUCAGCUCGACCGCGCCGUCGAUGUCCGCGUCGCCGCUCUGCCACCCGAUGGCGGCGCUGGUGAUGUGCGGGAACGUGAGGAGGUCGGCGAGGAGCUCGUGGCUGGGGAGCGCGCCAGCCAGGCCGGUGACGACGUUGACCUGCGUGAGGCUGUCGCGCGCGAUGCAGGCGCGCAUGGCGGCGAAGAGCCCCCGCGCGGCGUCCAUGUCGUCCUCGGGUUUGCGGCACCACUCCUCGGCGGCGAAAUGGGUCAGCUCGAGCGGCCCAGAGGAGAGCGCACGCAGCGCUAG